AAAGCGAAAACGCGGAAUAACAAAGUAAUGAGACAUAUGUUGCAAUUUGCAAAAUGGCGAUGCAUACGCAGUACAGAAAGCAAUACAAAGGACCAAGCUGGGAUGAUUUUGCUUUAAAUGAGUACAAUCGGAAAAAGGAUUAUCGGAUAGGCCGUAGGAGCGUUGAACACAGACACGAGCCCUUCGAAUGGGACGAUAGUUCGGACAGCGAAAUUAGCGAUGUCGAAUUUGAAGGAACGCCUACAAAUGCACAGCCACAGAAACAAACUAAAAGAUUGUCUUCUUACAAAACUGCGAGAAAUGGAGACUAUGGAGGAAGGGACUUAACUGGAGAAAAUUCAAAAGGUGAUGUGCCGUCUGUGAAAAAAGCGUGGGAGAUAUCAGAACCGAAUGAUGACGAACGUGUUUAUAGCCAGAAAGCAACACAAACAACGCAUCAAAAGCGUCGCAAAAAUAUAAAACGAAAGAAAGCGGCAAAGUGUACAAAAAAGGACAGGGAAGAAAGUUUCGUGAAAGAUGUUGGCAGAGGGGACGAGAGGGUGCCUUUCGUUUCCUAUGGCUGGGCAAAUGAUGCCCCUAUUGAGAGGAAAUAUACGCACAAUGUUAGAGCCAAUGCAAAAGAUGUUUACCCUGCAUCAUUGAGAGCCUUAAAACGACGCGAACUUGAUAUUGCGAAGAGGUUGCAAGAGAAUAAGAAGAAAGCUCAGCUUGAUGAGGAAAUCACUAGGGAAAAGUUCUUCAACCUCAGAGACAUAUCACCAAUGUUUAUGACAGAAUACCAGAGAAGUUUCUGCAAUAUUGGUGGUGAAAAAACUGGAUAUGUGUGGUGAAUGACCAGUUUAUCAGAGCUCUACAUAGUUGUGAUUGUCACAUAUAGCUGCACCACAAAAUUGUGCUACAUAACAUCUAACAGUAGUGAUAAAAAGUGGUAAAAAAGAUGGCCAAAAAUAUUAACAGUAGUGUGUAUUGAUAAUAAGAGAAAGCUUAACCAUAAAAAAUAAUCAAACCUAAUAUAUACCAAUGAUUGUGAUAAAAAACAUAGAAUCAGAAUAUUUGUACAUUUUCUAAUAAAAUGUUUUGAUGGUUAUUUUCAUGCACUAUUAUUUGAUAUUCAGCAUGUCAGUCUAAUCUGCCAAAACCUGGCUAUUUUAGGCUGAUAGCAGCUCAUAAGGGCACAUAAUGUUAAAGGACAGUUAUGGGAUAUUUCAAGUGAACAAAAAAGUGGGCAUGCAUUAUAUUUAUUGCAGCUCACCUUACAAUGGGCAACUUGGAGUUUCUUUGUAAUAUAACCAAAGUGCAUUGUCUAAAUUAUAAAACGGCAAUACCACUAAGUAAAAAAUAUUUUACAAUGUCCAAUACUUUAAAAGAAAUAACAAUAUCCAAUACUUUAAAAGGUAAAGUCCACUUAGUCCAGGUCCAUUGUGCACA